UGUUUCAUAACCUGGAUGUUUUAUUGUGAAAGUCUGGACCGGAAGCUCCGCGCUCUCCCUCCGUGCAGCCUGACGCCGGUGGACGCUUCGUUCCCUCCAUUCAUUUCAUUCGCACACAGUCGCAUCCCAGCAGCGAGCCGAGCCCUCCCCUCCUGUUUCUCUCCGCCUGGAAAGAUGGCUGCUCCGGCGGUGUUGAGGAGCUCCGGCCCGCUGCUCUGCCCGAGCUUCGCGGAGGUCUGCUCGUUCCUGGAGCGGUACGGAGCGGCGCUGGAUCUGCCCGAGAUGACUUUCCCGCAAAUGGAGAGAUAUCUACGGGACACGACUACAGGUGAGAGCCCGGUUGAUGUGGGACACGGUAAUAUUCCUAAACCCCUCGUGGAGCUCCAUGUGAAGCUGCUCAGGAAACUGGGGAGGUCUGUGUCUGCUGACCGCUGGGAAAAAUACCUGGCUAAGGUCUGCCAGGAGUUGAAUAGCACCUGGGCAUGGGAGCUGGAACAGAAGGGCUACCAGGAGAUGUCCAUGGAGUGCAAGUCCAGCAUCCUGAAAUACCUCUGUGAGUGUCAGUUUGACGAAAACCUGAAGUUCAAAACGGCGGUCAACGACGAGGACCCGGAGAAGAUGCGUCUGCAGCCUGUAGGUCGGGACCGGCAGGGCCUGAUGUACUGGCUUCAGCUGGACCAGGAGCAGAACAUCCGGCUGUACACGGAGGAGCAGGACGAUCUGGACGGAUCCACCUGGAAGUGCAUCGUUAGGACUCGCAACGACCUGGCAGAGGCUCUGGAGCUGCUGAAGGCUCAGGUUGAUCCAAACCACAAUCAGGAACGAGACCAGAACCAGGCUGGAUCCAGGAGUGCCAGCCCUGGACAGAAAGAAGCUGGGGAUGAGACGAUCAGAAGCACCAACCCUGAGGCCUCAAAGACUUCAGAGGAGUACGCGGACAGCAAGAAGGUUGACCCUCAAAACAGAGAAAAACAAACCAGGCCAGAGGUGAAGGAGGAGCUCACACCGCCGCCCAUCAAGCAGGAAAACGCUGAUGCUGAGGUGAAGGAGGAGAAGACGCUCCUCAAACCGUCUGUCUUUGAUAACCGCGUGAGCACCAUCACCACAGUCAUCAAAUCAGAAUCGAGGGACGCCGACGCCCCCAGGAACACAGUAUCGGUUGUCAUGGCGCCCGUGGCUAAACAGGAAGAGGAAGCGGAGCGAGCGGUCGUCAGGAGCAGCCAGCAGGCCAAGAUACCACUGAAGAAGAGGGAGCUCAAGCUCGCAGAAAGCUUCCACAGCAAUCACCUGAACAAGACCAACAGCAGCAGUAUUAUUGUCUGUAACCCGUCAGUGAUCCACGCCAAGGACGGUCACGGAAGGGAGGCCAAGCUGUCUAACUCUUUAGUGCCCCCUGGUGGUUCAUCUGCCUCGCAGCCGCAUCUGGUCGUCAGCGCAUCAAGGCUGGAACUCACCAAUGGGAGAGCUUUGCUCCUGCCGCACAAAGAUGGGCAAAAUGGGGUAGUAGGUCAGGUGGUGGGUCACGUAGGAGUCAUCCGCAGCCCAUCUGAGCGUCACAGAGCGCCCGGCGCCGAGCAGCAGGAACAAAACGGGCCAAAUUCAGACCUCCGGGACUUGAGAGCAGCGGAGGAACAACGUGAAGGGAGCCGGCAGUCAGUGUUGGUGAGGAAGGGCCUUACAGAAGGGGAGACACCAGCGGGAGCUGCCACUUCUUCUCCUCCCCCUCCUCCUCUUCCUCCUCAUGCACUAACAGAGGCUCCGACACCCUCAAAAAUGGACUCUGUUGGCGUUUCCUCGCUGUCUGAGAAUGCAGAGGAACCCAAGAGGCAGACAGCAGAAGAUGAGGGUAAAAACACCACAGACGAGCUGGACAAGGAGAGGAAAACUGGGCAGGAUGAUGAGAGGGAGGAGAGGAGCAGGGAGGUGUCUGUGCUCAGUGUGGCAGAGGGAUUAAAAAAAGACAACCGAGUGAAGAAUGAAAGAACUUUAGUACAAGCGGAGGCAGAAUCGGGAAGCUCUGUUUCACCUCCGAAACUGGACCAACAGGAUAAAAAGGACGACCAGGAGGAGGGCGUCAACGGUGGGUUAGCAGAGCAGAAAAAGGCAAAGGCCUCGGAGGAGCGGCAGGGACUGCUGGAGGAAGCCUCCUCUGAGCUCCAGAAGGAAGGAAUCAGGCUAAAGAUCAAGAUUCCUCCCCACCGGAGAAACAAGCUGAAGGGGAAGGCGAUGAAGGAGGAGGAGAAAGGGAGGGAGCUGGAGACGCAAGAGGAAGGGAGGCCGCUGAGGAGGUCUGCGAGGAUCUGCAGAUCAUCUGCUUUGCCAACCUGCAGGCCAAGCUCGAAGGUGGCUGAGAGCCAGAAGAAGAACCCACAGAAAAAACAUGCACUACCCACCAGAACGAGGGAAGAAGAGGAGGAGGAUGAGGAUGAAGAGGAUGAAGAGGAGCAGAGCUCAGCUACGAAGAAAGACAAAAAAACUGAACCCGUCGAGCAGAUAAGGAAGCGAAGGGGUAAACGAAGGCACCGGCGCCCCCGGUGGUCAAACAUACGCACAAAGAGGCGCAAACUUAAUGAGGGAGGGGAGGUGGAGGACAGGGGGAGGAAACGGGGAGAGGAGGAGAGUGAAGGAGGGAGCGACUCAGAGGAGGAAUCGUAUAAAUCCGAGGAGAUUCCCAGCGAGGACGCCUGCACUCACUGCGGCCUGCCCAACCACCCCGAACUGAUCCUGCUGUGUGACUCCUGUGACAGUGGAUACCACACUGCCUGUCUGCGGCCGCCUCUCAUGUUGAUCCCUGAUGGAGAGUGGUUCUGUCCCCCCUGCCAACAUAAAUUGCUGUGUGAGAAACUGGAGGAACAACUGCAGAAUCUGGACAGCGCUCUGAAGAAAAAGGAGAGAGCAGAGAGAAGGAGGGAACGGCUGGUGUACGUAGGAAUCAGCGUGGAGAACAUCAUCCCUGAGGGAGAUGAGGAGGAAGAGGAGAAGUCUGCGAAGAAGAAGGAUUCCAAAAAGAGCAAAAACCUCGGAAGGCGAUCAACCAGGACCAGGAAGCACAUCAGCUACAGGUUUGAUGACUUUGAUGAUGCCAUUGAUGAGGCCAUAGAGGAGGACUUCAGGGACCUCUGUGGAGGAGCGGGGCGGGGCAAAGACCUCCCCACCAGCCUGUCAGAGGACGGGAAGGAGAGUCAGCGGCCAAUUAGAAGCCAGACUCACGCUGCACGGAACAGGAAGAAGCGGAGACUGAACGACCUGGAGAGCGACAGCACGGCGGCGGAGAGCGAAGACGAGUUCAUGCUCAGCAACAGCUCAGAGGACGAAGAUUUCGGCGCAUCCGGAGCAGACGACGAUGAAGAGGAAGAAGACGAAGACGCGGGCAGUGAUGCCGGCAGCUGGGAUAGCAAAACUCGCCCCAGACAGGCGCUGAGAGGAGUGGUUAAACACAGACCCGGCAGGAGCCGUGGGCGGGGCAGGAAGCGGCUGAGACGGCGGCGGAGACGCUCCUCUGACGAGGAAGAGGAGGAAAGCGAGGAAGAGAUGGACUCGGAUCAGUUCAGCGACAUGACGGACAGCAACAGUGACAAAAAAAGGCGGGGCCUGAGGCGGGGCCAGCGCCAACAAGUCAACUACCGUGAAACGUCGGAGUCGUCGGACGACUCGCGAGCCUCCGCCAACAAGGACAAGGUGAAGCGCCACGGCAGGCCUCGCAAGGAGCGUCUCUCCAGCGACUACAGCGACGUGUCGGCUUCUUCCAGAGAUUCAGAGGAGGACGAUUAUGAAGACGAGGAGGAGGAUGACCAGAGGAGGAGAGUGAACAGGAGGAGGAGACACGAGGAAGACUUCCGGACAAGGAGGACGAGAGACAAGAGGAGGAGGAGGUACGAAGAGGACGAGGGAGAGAGAAGGAGGCGGCUGAAGAGGAGACUGCAGGAGGAAGAGGAGGCCGAGGAGGAGAGAGACAAGCGGAGGAGGUUAAAGAGAACCCACAGAGAGGAAGAGGAGGAUCUGGAGAAGAUGGGGAGGGGGAAGAGGAGAGAGAUCCUGUCGCAGCAGCGGCGCAAACGGCUCGCCCAGAUGCUGAAGAAACGGCGGCCUUCGACGGACGAGGAGGAGGAGGAGGGCGAGGAGGACGACGACUCGUAUUCUGAGUCCUCAUCGGAGGAGGAUCGUCCGGUCCGCAAAAGACUGAACCGCAUCGACUCAGAUGACGAUGAAGAGGAGGAUGAGGAGGACGAGGACAACGAGGAUGGGAGACAGAAGACGGUGACCAAAAGAUCUUCAACGGGGGAGAGGAGAGCUGACAGCGACGCUCAGGAAAAGGCGAGGGGCCGCAGCCUGUCUCCGCCAAACGGACAUCGGACCUCCAGAGGCCCAGAGCCCAGAGACGCUGCAGGGUCGGGCAGGCAGGGCAGGCACAACGGUCCCUCACAUCCGGAGGAGGGGGAGGGAGAGGAGGAGGAACAGAGGGACUCCCGAGACUCUGUCCAGAACAGUCUGCAGUCAUGAUGGCUGUGUGCGUGCACAACGCUCGCUUCUUUGUUCUGCUUUUUCUUUUCAAGCCUCCCGCCCACUGCCCGGAUCUCACUCUGACUCACGUUCCUCACUCUUCUUCUUCGCCGUCGUGUUGUGUUAGAGCGCAAUUGUCCACAGUUACACGCUGGAACAGAAACUCAUGGUUACCCAUUUUUAUAGCGGGCGGGCGGAGCUGACGCCUCCCGGCAGCAGGAUGGCUCCACCUCACCGUCCACCCGACAGGUCCGUGUGACACCAUCACAGCUGGGGGGGCGCGGUUCGUCUGUCGUGUAUUUCAUCUUAAAGCACUUCAUCAUUCUCAUAGCACUUAAUGAGCCGGCACCGAGGAGGGUGUCGGCAUCAAAGCGAGCACUUUGGAUCAGGUGACGGUCGGAGAAAACUCUCUCGAGGCUGAAUAUUUGUGGGUUUGAAGUGUCGCUUGGACAAAACUUUUAUAUAUAAAUAUUAGGAUUUAGAAAACUGGUUAAUCAUUAUUGAAUGAUAUUUUAUAAAACAGUGAUUCUCAGUGUGGGAUGCAGAGCCGCAGUGAGCUACGAAGGAACUGCAGGUGGACGACGAAGUUAAUUACACUAAAUAAAUGUAACUUUUCAAAUUUCUAAUGAAGUUAGAAAUUAAAUAUUGACAUUUAAAAAUGAAACAUCACUACUGAAAAAAAGCUGCCUGUUAUGCCCCCAGAAAAUGUAAUUAUUUGAGAUAAAAAUAAUCUGAGCCUGCAGCUGGUCCAUGAAACCGACACUUUCAGAUAAAACUGAAAGUCGGAUUAAACAGUUUGUGCUCCACAAAGAUAAUUUGGUUCUUCAAAGCAGCUCUAAGGUCAGAUCUACACGGCUACACGUUCAGUGCAACCGACGAUACAUGAUGUCCGGCUGUGAUUGGUCGAUUGUCUCGAUCCUUCAGCGUUCCCGAUUGAAUCAUUCACUCCAGUCAGUUCACAUUGUUAUUAAUUUGCACAGAUUUGUAGGAAAGAAAAAGGUCCUUAAACAGCUAUGAAUGACGUGAGCUUUGCUCCGGCCGCUGGCCUUCAUCGCCCUCUAUAAUCAGCUCAUAUUUUCACCUCCUUCCUCUUCUUUGCUUUUACCUGCCAGGCCUCAGUCACGAGCCUCAUUCUAACCCAGCAAAACAAGACAUCUCUCAGUACAAACUGAGUUUUUGCAGUGAUGAUUUUGUCCUCCGCUGGGAUUUGGGAGGAUUUUUUAAAAAGUCCUGAGGUUAGGGUGACGGAGAGCUCCAGGGGUUAAAGGUCACAAAGCAUCAUCUGCUCUGUGAUCUGUUUAUUAAAAGCUCAACAGAAAAAGUUGACUUUUGCCCUAAUGUGAGAGUUUAUGACUGAAGAGGGAACGUCUGCCGUUUCAUUUUGUGUUACCUUAAACUGUUUGUGCUGUCUGUGAACACUGGCUGUGCUAAUCCAGGCUUUGAGGAACCAAAUAAAUCAGAUUUCUGUUACCGGGUUUAACCGAUCCUGGAACUUUUUUAAUCGUCCGGAGGUCCCGGCGCUGAAAAGUUUUUAGAAGUUGUUGUAAAUAUAGACUCUGAAUCUGUAGCGAGCUCCGUCUCCACGUCACCGCUUCGGAUCCAAAGUGUCUGGCUUCCUCUCGUCCUCGUGCCGGCGCGUUCGCUGUACAUACUCUGCCUGUUCCUUGUAAGAUAAUAGACGUUCUGUUCUCUUAGUCCUCUUGUAAAAUAUAGUGUUAUAUUUUCUAUACGAAGGAGAGGAGGAGAGAUGCUGCUGCGAGCGACCUGCAGAUCGACCGGCAACCAGCGGUUUUUGUUUCCGCAGCGGAGUUCCAUCAGAGCAGCGUGGAGCCCGUUCACCAGUAAAACCCCGUCUCACGGCUCAGUCCCGUCCCCGCGUCUCCGGAGCGUUUUAACAGUUUGAACGCCUCGUUUUAAGGAGGAACAAAUCUUCAUUUCUGACCGAGGCUCAGGGGAGGAAAACGAACACCGAUCACUAAUCAGAGUUUUGUUCCGUCAGCUUCUGUUUAACCGUCGCACACAGUCGAAUCACUGUCAGGGCUUUAACCUGCUGUUAAUGAAAAGAGGCUCCAUUUAUCUUUAAAUUUCCACCAAGCUCACCUUUAAAAGUUGGACUCAAACAUUUCCGCUGACCUUACCGAGACUUUGUUUUGGCACUGAGAAGUUUUUCUUUAGAGUUCAGAUGAUGGUUAAACUUCAGGCCUGCGUUUAUCAAACUACUCAGAGUUCACCUCAAAAUGCUCUUAGAGGUGUAAAAACGUUUAGAGCAGCUGUUUUUGGAUUCUUUAAAAUCAUUUAAUUUUACUCAAAUACUAAAUAUAAUUCAGUGUAAUAUAGUUAUAAUGCAUAAUUAUAUCAACAGGAGGAAAUACAUGGAAAAGUACAAACCCAGUCAACAUGUUUUUUUUGUUUUUUUUAAUGCAUUAGUAUAUUAUUGUUUCCUCACAGCCAUCACGAUGAAUCUGCUUUGAGACCUUAUAAAUGGCUGAUGGCUCACAGCGGGCCUGUUCUGCAUGAUUCAAAGUUCAUAAUAAUCUGUAUUCAUCUGGCACUGGGCCUCAGUUCAGCUCCAGUAUCUGAAAUGAGCUGUCUUUGCCCCGCCCACUUUAAGUUUCUUCUGAUUGGCUGCCCAUCGUGAAUGGCAGGUGGGUGGGGCAUCUCUGCCACAGAUGACCAUAUGAGGGAUAUCCUCUCUCUGUAACAUUAUACAGAUCAUCCAUUUCUCUUUAAGUGGUUUGAUAAAUUCAGCCCUGAUGAUUCGGUUCUGAUUGGAUGAUUUCAUGAUUUCAGCUUCGAAUACUUUUUAAAGGUGUGAUGUGUAAAAACUACACAGGCCACCGAGUCCGCUUCCAUCAUGAUAGACGCAAACCUGAGCGUUAAUACUGACUCACAGAAAACAAGGCGCCUGUCUGAGCAAAGCUACUUCUUGUCAGGUUGGACGUUACAGUCAGAGGCAGGAGCGGUCAUGCUCAGAACAAGGCUAACGUCGCAGCUGUUACAUCUUUACGUUGUGCUGUUAACUUUUAUUAGUAUUUCUAAACUGACAGUUUUACAAACGGCACCCUUUAAAGGUGCUUUUUGUAAUGACCCUCUGCUGCAUGUAACUAAACUUCACCAGCAGGGGGCAGUGUUUUACUGGCAGUUGUGUUGAGAUGUUUUCAGACGUGUGCUUCUGUUUGUUGUUUUUGUUUUUUUUAAACCACCGUGUCCACUUGACUCCCGCAGGCCUUCGUUGUAAAUAAGUUGUUCUUAAUGACUUGCCUGGUUAAAUAAAGGUUACGCUUACUCACUUGUGGCAUAAAAGUGGCAUUACAGGAAAGUGCAGCCCCAGUUCACCUUGAACUGAAACUCUUUAAUGGACAAAGUCACAGCAUCUCUUUUCUUUCAGCUUUGUUUAAAUCAAAAAAGUUUGAAACUAUUUUUAAAUACAGGAAUUUACAAAAAGUUCCUUUACAGAGACCUGGCAGCAGAAACGGAAGGAAAGACAAAAAGAUUUCAUGUUUUUAAAAUAAAGUUUCCUGUUGGUUCUUCUUUUUAUGAACAGAGUUUACUUGGUCAAAGGCUGAAGCUUUCGACGUUCACGAAAGAUUAGAUUUUUCUGCUUUAAACACAUCACAGAAUAAUCGGUGUCCAGUGAUGCUCUUGAACAGCACAGACGCCGAUACGUCAGACGGGAAAUGCCUGAGACAUUUUUAUUUUUAAAUGAACCGUCAAAGAAUCCAAAAUAUCUGAGCUGAAGAUAAUAAAGAUGCAAACAGUGGGAGGUUCUCACAUGCGAGCAGAUGGUUUAUUUAGUCUUUUUUUUAAAUCCUUUUUAAAUCUGAUAUUACUGUUAUUGUUGUUCCUGAGCUUCAGGAAAGGCUUAGCUUCCUGCUGGAGAACCUCUGUUCCCUAAAACAGAGGUUAAUACUUCACUCAUGGCCGAAGCUCACCGCCAGCUCUCUUGGUAAAUAUUCUUUCAGGUACUUUCCGUGCUUGUUCAGGUGUUGCGGGACGGUUUGUCUCAUUAUCAUGUUGUGUUGGAUUUAAAGUGGGUUUUGGAAAAUCCCCUCCAUGCUGAACUGCAGUGAUCUGAGUUUAUAUUAAUUUUCAGUCCCGUGUGUCAGUAAAAGCUUCUGCUGACCCUCCACUCACCUGUUUAGCAUUAAGGGCAGGUUAAAAUGUGCUUUUUACGCCUCUAGUCUGAAAUCAUUCCACUGAACGCGAUGUGCUGAGUGUCGGCCGCCGAAGCUGUUUAAACUGGAUGUGACUGCGGCUCCUUCCAUUUCUCUGUUGUACUGUUACCGUAGUACUGGUGUAACAUAAAUGUUUUCUAAGUUAUUAAAACCGACAUCCCGGCAUCUCCUCGAAAA